AACUGCUGGAGGAUUUCAGCACAGUGUUGUCACUGCCCUUACUGAUCUGUGUCAGAGUCCAAAAUGAACCACACUUGGACAUACAACCUGAGCUUUGGUGCAUCUACAGAUCCUGUUGAGACAAGGGCUGGCCUUACACGAAGUGGGCACAUAAUAGUAGCUGUUUUUCUUGGGUUCAUCUUUAUUUUUGGUUUCUUCAAUAACCUGAUUGUCCUCAUCCUCUUCUGCAAGUUUAAAACCCUCCGUAACCCAGUCAACAUGCUUCUGAUGAACAUCAGUAUCAGUGACAUGUUAGUGUGCAUCUCUGGCACUACCCUUAGUUUUGCAUCUAACAUCCAUGGUAAAUGGAUUGGAGGGGAGCAUGGUUGUAGAUGGUAUGGCUUUGUCAACUCCUGCUUUGGCAUUGUGUCCCUGAUCUCCCUGGCUGUCCUGUCCUACGAACGCUACAGCACACUCACCCUGUGCAACAAGCGCAGUGCUGACUACCACAAGGCAUUGCUAGCAGUUGGUGGUUCAUGGAUUUACUCCCUGGUCUGGACUGUGCCCCCUCUGAUUGGUUGGAGCAGUUAUGGGAUAGAAGGUGCAGGUACAAGCUGUUCAGUACGCUGGUCCUCAGAGUCGGCAAAGUCCACAUCCUAUAUCAUCUGUCUCUUCAUAUUCUGCUUGGUCAUCCCCGUGAUGGUCAUGAUGUACUGCUAUGGUCGCCUCCUUUACACUGUUAAACAGGUUGGAAAAAUCCACAAGAAUGCUGCCCGCAAAAGAGAAUACCAUGUACUGUUCAUGGUGAUCACUACAGUUAUCUGCUACCUGGUGUGCUGGAUUCCCUAUGGAGUUAUAGCAUUACUUGCAACAUUUGGUAAACCAGGUGUGGUGACUCCAGUUGCAAGUGUCAUACCUUCCAUCCUAGCAAAAAGCAGUACUGUUUGCAAUCCCAUUAUCUACAUCCUCAUGAAUAAGCAGUUUUACAAAUGCUUUCGUCAGCUUUUCCACUGCCAACCUCCUUCCUCUGCUGAUGGAGAGCCCACCUGCCACUCCAAGGUAACCGUUAUCCAGCUGAAUCAGAGGACGGAUGGUGGAAAUGUGUGCUAUAAUGAACCACGUUCAGAAGCAGUAAAAUGAUUUCUCUCCUGCACCCAGAGCCAAACCUGGAGACAGAGCCUGGAGUUUCAAAAGCUCUACUACUAACCUCUUAGGAAAACUGGCUCUGACUGAAAGUACAGGCCUUAACCACAGUGUUUCAUUUCACUGCCAUGUUUACCCAGCUAACCU